AGUGUUUGACUAAUUGCGCUUCACUUCCACAAUCGAGAACCACUCUGCUUUUUACGUUUUUCUCUGCUGAGCAAUGAGCUCAUCUCCCAACAAACUCACACGAGCUUAUUCACUCUGCCUCAGAAUUCAGAUCAUCAAUUUCAUCACCAGUGGUGGCCCCCACCCAACAACCCCCAACCAUCAAUCACAGCCGUUGAUCCACUCCAUGCUUCCCCAAUUCCACCCUCCCCAUCCCCAUCUAUUUACACCCACUGCCCCUUUGCCGCGACUGCCUCUCUGUUUUGCGUUUCAUGCAAAAAGCGCACAAAUGUCAAGGAUUUCGUUUCAGAACCUUAUAGAUUUCUCCGCUCUCUCUGUCACUUUCCACUGACGCACUCUCAGAUUCUCUCUCUCUCUCUCUCUCUGUCUUUUCAUAACACUCACUUCAAUGCCCACUACUACAUAUUUCAAGCUUCACCAUUUAUGACCAAAAAAGAGCCUUUGCAGCUAUCUUCACCGGUCCAAGAGCAAAAAGCUUAGCCGGAAUCUGAGCUUCUCCGAUCACCCAUCUCCUCAGAAGCUUUAGUUUCAGCUCAAUUUGCUUUCUUGCUGAAGUUUUGGCUACAAGUUGUUCCAACAGUGAGCAGCUAAAUUGGAUAUUUGACAGUGAUUGUAGGAAGGGCGUAGGAGAAAUUCGGGUACCAAUUCGCUAAUCAAGAUGAAGAGGAAGAGACAUCUGUACCGAUCUACCCAUCCAUUUGAUGCUUAUCCUUUUGAGGCUCUUUGCUGCGGAUCAUGGCAUCCUGUGGAGCUUCUAGGCAUCAGGAGUGGAACCAUGACGAUAAAUUUCGCAGACAAUCAUUCAUGUGUCAUUCAAAAUAAAGGCCCAUUCCCAAACAUUCGAGUGAGGUCAAGACAGGCAAAUUCAUAUGACUGCACCUGCUUUUUGCGGCCUGGUGUUGAUGUAUGCGUGCUAUCAACUCCUGAAAAUACAGAAAACUCAGAAGAGAAAAUUCGAGCUCCGGUGAUGGUUGAUGCUCGAAUCAAUUCAAUCAAGAGGGUGCCUCAUGAGUCCCAUUGCUCAUGUCGCUUUUACGUUAACUUUUAUGUGAACCAAGGCCCUCUUGGUUCAGAAAGAGCAACCCUUAACAAGGAUGCUAAACGUGUUGGAAUCCAUGACAUUUUCGUCUUCCAAACACUUGAUCGUGAUUCUUGUGCAAAUGAGCACUACCGAUGGGAGUUCUCUGCAGACUGCCCGACGCUGCCCAGAACGAAAUUGCUGUUGGGGAAAUUUUUAUCAGACAUUUCAUGGUUGCUUGUGACAUCAAUGCUGAAGCAGGUUUCAUUUGAUGUAAGAUCAGUACAAAGAAAAGUGGUGUACCAAAUUGUGGGAGGUGAUGAUGACAGCACUCUGUCAAAGUCUGACAAUUAUUUACAUGCUGUCAACUUCAGAGUAGACGACGGGCUCCUGGUACCAAUAGUAGUUGAAUUUGUACCAGCUGAUGCUACUGGGAAUGAUCCUACUGAAGGUGGACCAUCAUCUUCUUCUGAUCUUUUGGGCCUGCGACGUUCCAAGCGUCAAAAUGUUCGACCUGAGCGUUUCCUUGGGUGUGAUGCUCCAGCAGAGAUAGAGAUUGGAUAUAUUCGUAGCAGACCAUAUAAAGUAGAUCACUCAGAUGAUGAUGAAAUGAAUAUACCACUAUCACAGUUGUUUGGAAAACAUGCGAGACGUUCAGAAGAGCAUACUGAGGCAGAACAAAAGGUUCAUUAUAAGAAAUUAAAGUCCAGCGAGGAUCUCCAUGCAUCCAAAAGUGAGGAUGAUCAUGCAAGCGAAAGUGAGGAUUCCCUUGAAUGCAAAAGCAAGACUAAGUCGAGGAAGGUGAAAUCAGAUGUUGCUAAAAGGAAGAAACAUCAAGCUCAACUUGCAAUUGUUCCUCUGCCUGACAAAAGGGAUCCUUUCGCCCUUGGACGCGGUCAUCUAAAUGCCAAUAGUCCUGAAAAGAGUACAAAAGAGAGUGAAGAAUUUCCUGCGAAGUAUUAUUAUCAUUACAGUUCUAAAGCAAAGAGAAAGAAGAAUUCUGACUUAGAUGAUAUGGACUUUCAAAUGAAAUGGGAUGGAAAAGUAUCCACUAGCAGAGCUAGCAGAGUUUAUAACAACAGGCAUAACUCCAUACGCUCGAAAAGGGAGGGUCUCAGUGGAAGAACUUACCCAAAGAGGAGCUUAAGUGCAGGUGCAUACAAGGAACUGAUAAAUACGUUUUUGAAAGACAUGGAUUGCUCAAAUAAGCAAGAGCCAAAUAUUAUGGACCAGUGGAAAGAAUUUAAGGCUGGAAAGAACCCUGAGCAACAGAACGAAACUGAAAUGCCCGAAGAUGAGGAUGAGGAGGAAAUGUCCGAGACUGAAAUGCUGUGGAAAGAAAUGGAAUUAGCAUUGGCAUCAGCUUACCUUCUUGAUGGUGAUGAGGGAUCACAAGGGAGCACGUCAGGUGGGACUGCACAAAAGUCUGGUGCAGGUUGCCGGCAUGAAUUUAGAUUGAAUGAAGAAAUUGGGAUGGUGUGCCUCAUAUGUGGUUUUGUCAGCAUCGAAAUAGGAGAUGUUUCAGCCCCCUUUGUGCAAAACACAGGGUGGGCCGCAGAUGAUAGAAAGAUCAAUGAAGAACAAACAGACGAUAAGCGAGCUGAAUAUGAGGAAUUCAAUUUCUUCCACACUCGUACUUCCCCUGAUGAGCCUGAGCCUUUAUCAGAAGAAAAUGACAACGUUUGGGCCUUAAUUCCUGAACUUAGAAGGAAAUUGUUAUUCCACCAGAAGAAGGCUUUUGAGUUUCUGUGGAAAAACGUUGCAGGAUCUUUGGAACCAGCACUUAUGGAACAAAAGGCCAAGAAAAUAGGUGGCUGUGUUAUAUCUCAUUCUCCUGGAGCUGGAAAAACUUUUCUGAUCAUUGCAUUUCUUGUUAGCUACCUCAAGUUAUUCCCAGGAAAACGGCCUCUGGUCCUUGCUCCAAAAACAACACUCUAUACGUGGUACAAAGAAUUUAUUAAAUGGAAAAUUCCUAUACCAGUGUAUCUAAUUCACGGCCGUAGAACCUACAGAGUGUUCAAGAAGAAAACAGUGACCUUUACUGGAGGCCCGAAGCCGACGGAUGAUGUGUUGCAUGUUUUGGAUUGCCUAGAAAAAAUACAGAAGUGGCAUGCACAGCCAAGUGUUCUUGUCAUGGGUUAUACUUCAUUCCUAACAUUGAUGCGUGAAGACUCAAAAUUUGUGCACAGAAAGUUCAUGGCUCAAGUGCUGCGGGAGAGUCCCGGGAUCGUAGUACUAGAUGAAGGGCACAACCCCAGAAGUACUAAAUCAAGGUUGAGGAAGGGAUUGAUGAAAGUUGAAACGGACUUGAGAAUAUUGCUUUCAGGUACUCUGUUUCAGAACAACUUCUGUGAAUACUUCAACACCCUUUGUUUGGCAAGACCAAAGUUUGUGAAUGAAGUUUUAAGGGCAUUGGACCCAAAAUACAGAAGGAAAAAGAAAGGUAAGGAAAAAGCACGCCAUUUGAUGGAAGCCAGAGCACGAAAGUUGUUCUUGGACCAGAUUGCCAAGAAGAUUGAUUCGAACGAAGGUGAAGAUCAAAGGAUCCAAGGUCUAAACAUGCUGAGAAAUAUAACAAAUGGAUUCAUAGAUGUGUAUGAAGGUGGAAAUUCAGACACCCUUCCUGGUCUGCAGAUUUACACCUUGUUGAUGAACACUACUGACAUACAGCAAGAGAUUUUGGACAAACUGCAAGACAUAAUGUCCAAAUACCAUGGCUACCCUCUGGAGCUAGAACUUUUGAUUACCCUUGGAUCAAUACAUCCUUGGCUAAUCAAAACUGCAGCUUGUGCUGAUAAGUUUUUUACUACUGAGCAACUAGAGGAUCUUGAGCAGUACAAGCAUGAUUUGCACAAAGGGUCCAAGGUCAAGUUUGUUUUGAGCCUUAUUUACAGGGUUGUCAGGAAGGAGAAGGUUUUGAUUUUCUGUCACAACAUUGCACCUGUGAGACUGUUUCUAGAACUGUUUGAAAUGGUGUUUGGGUGGCAGAGAGGCAGAGAAGUCUUGGUUCUCACAGGGGAUUUGGAGCUGUUUGAGCGCGGAAAGGUGAUGGACAAGUUUGAAGAGCCUGGUGGAGCCUCAAGGGUCCUGCUUGCAUCAAUCACAGCUUGUGCUGAGGGAAUUAGUUUGACAGCAGCUUCUCGGGUCAUCUUGCUGGACUCCGAAUGGAACCCUUCGAAGACGAAGCAGGCCAUUGCACGAGCCUUCCGCCCCGGUCAGCAGAAGGUGGUGUAUGUUUACCAGCUCUUGGCAACUGGAACUCUCGAAGAAGACAAGUAUGGGAGGACAACUUGGAAGGAGUGGGUGUCAAGCAUGAUUUUCAGUGAGGCGUUCGUGGAGGACCCGUCCCGCUGGCAAGCAGAAAAGAUUGAAGAUGAUAUAUUGAGGGAGAUGGUGGCAGAGGACAAGUCUAAAUCAUUCCAUAUGAUCAUGAAGAAUGAAAAGGCUUCAACUGUGGUCAGAGGUAAGGACUAAAUUAAGCCAUGUGUGAUUUAAUCUAGCUUGCAGCAAUAUUGGGCUUUCUUUCUUCUCUCAAGUAUAUUGAAUUUUGCCAAGCGAGAAGAGGGAAAAUGAGAACCUCCCAUUUGAACUUGAAUUGUGUAACGGCUAAGUUGUAUUUUAUUAUCAUGAAUGGCUGUUAUACUUUAUGAUCUCAUAGCCAGAUCAAA